AUAUCAGGGUCAAAGUAAAAUUUUAAUUUUUUAUUAGUACAGUGCAUUAAGUUGACCAUGCCUCAAGGAGUUCAUACAUCUAAAAGGAAAAGUGGUUAUCAGCAAAGAAAAGAUAAAAAGGCAAAACUAACUGAAAUAGAAAGUAUUUCUGGAUCUCUUCUCAAGUAUGUAAAAGUUGAAGAAAAUCAUCAUGACACUGAAAUUACGAUGCCUGAUGCUGAAAACACUUUCGACAGUCGUGUAUCGUCGACUAAUAGUGAAGAAAAACUAAAUAAUGACAAUGUAAUAGAACAUAAUGUAAACAAAUCGGAGAGUUUCGAACAGGAUGAAAUGAGAGAUGAUGAAUCGGAGAAAACUAUCUGCUUGGAUAUUUUGCAAGAUGUUUCACAUUGGCAGUUACCACUUUCAGAAAAUUGUCGUGUUUCAAUAAUGAAUAAAGGGAGUUGUCAUUUUCAAAACAAGGACGGACCAUUUGAGUCAACAAUGCGACAAGGGUUAAAAGUUAGAGGAGAAAUGCGCUGCUUAUCGAAAGAAUGGUUUUUUAAAGAAAUGCCUAAUGGUCAAAAAAUUCUAAGGAAAUGGAUGAUCUAUUCGCCAAAUAGCAAACAAUUAUAUUGUUUUUGCUGUCGCUUGUUUGCCAGCAGUGAUGAAACCGGGUCUUUAUUUGUAAGCGGAUUUUUCAAAUGGUGGAAGUUAAAUCCUAAAGUGGUACAACAUGAAAAUUCGGAAGAACACCUUGGAAAUUUUGAAAAAUGGAAACUUUUUGAAACUGGUCUGAAAUUAGAAAAUACUAUAGACAGCGAAUUGUUGAAAAAUAUGGUCUCAGAAAAGAAAAAGUGGAGAAAUAUUUUAACGAGGUUAUUAGAUAUAACUCUAUUUUUGUCCAAACAAAAUUUAGCAUUUCGAGGACACGAUGAAAGUGAAAAUUCAACGAAUAGAGGAAACUUUCUUGAAAUGGUAAAACUUCUCUCUAAGUAUGAUGUUGUAUUGAAAGAACACACGAUAAGAUUGGAUCGACAUGCAUCAUACCUGUCACCGGAAACACAAAAUGAAUUUUUAAAUGUGCUGGCCAGCCAUGUUAGAAAGGUACUUAUUCAAGAAAUCAAAUCCGCUGGUUAUUUUAGUAUGAUGUUUGACAGCACUCCUGAUACAUCACAUGUUGACCAAAUGUCAGAAGUAAUUCGGUAUGUCAAAAUUAAUAACGGAAAAGUGGAAAUCAAAGAAGUUUUUUUAAGGUUUUUCCCGUUAAAAGGAAAAAAGGCUUCAGAUUUAAGUUCAGAAAUUUUUGCCAAUCUUGAAAGUGAUGGUCUAGAUAUAAUGAUGUGUCGUUGUCAGGGUUAUGAUCAUGCAGCUGUUAUGAGUGGAGUACAUGGUGGAGUUCAAGCCAUCAUAAAAUCGAAAAACGAAAAAGCUCUUUUCAACGGGUGUGUGAAUCAUUUAGUCAACUUAUGUGGGGUUCAUUCUUUUGCUGAAAAUGCAUUGUGUGUUUCAUUUUUUGGAACUUUAGAGCAAAUUUUCGUAUUUUUCUCUGCAUCAACCCAUCGAUGGGAUGUAUUACUAAAUCAUUGCGACUGUUCUGUCAAAAGAUUGUCAACAACCCGUUGGAGUGCUCACUAUGCUGCUGUAAAAGCCGUCGAAGAAAAUUUCGAUAAAGUGAUUGCAGCAAUCGAAGAACUGUGUGAUCCUCAAGAAAAUGUAGAUACCAGAGGUUCUGCACAGAGCCUUUUACCCGCUGUCUGUAAUUUCACUUUUCUUUGCUUUUUAUAUUUUUGGAAAGAGGUUUUAAAAGAAAUUGACUGCACGCAAGUAUACUUGCAAACAAAAGCUUUAAGUCUUGAUAAAGUAGCAGCAAAAUUAGAAUCGCUUCGACUUUUUGUCCAUGAAGAACGAAACAAUGUUGUUGACAAAUCCAUUGAUCGUGCUCUGCUUACAGCAGAAGAGUAUGGCCUUAAAACAGAAAGAAGGGUUCGCUUCAGGAAGAGAAUGGCUGGAGAGCAAGCUAAUGAUGCUGGCCUUACAUUGCAGGCAGAAAUUAGAAGAUCUAUGAUUGAAUGCUUGGAUAGAUUUCAUUCAGAAAUCGCAACGAGAUCAAAAUCUAUUCAAGAUAUAUUAUCAACGUUUGAAGCCAUUCAAACUGAUAGUAUUUUGUAUGCAAGCGAAGAACAAUUGAAAGACACACUAAGGAAACUUACUGAUUUUUAUGACGAAGUAGUAGAAGCUGAGCUGUUGUUGGAAAUUCCCAGGUUUCGCAGACAUUUGAAAGCAGCUAAAGUGGAUUUAUUGGAAGCAAACCAUUGGAACGCUUUAGAUUUUUUAAACUUUAUUGUAAAAUGGGAUUUUGUUGAAUCAUUGCCUAAUUUAACUUUGUCAUUAAAAUUAUUAUUAACAAUUUGCGUAUCAAAUGCAGGUUGUGAAAGAAGUUUUUCUAAACUAAAACUAAUAAAAGAUUACUUGCGGUCUACGAUGUCUCAGACUCGACUGAACGAUCUAGCUAUAUUAUCCAUUGAAAAACAAACAUCUGAAAACAUAGACUUUGAUGAAAUAAUCAAUAAUUUUGCAGCUAUUAAAGCCAGAAGAGUAAAAUUUAAUUAA